GAAGAAGAAGAAAACAUUUGUAGUUAUUAUUCCAUUUCCAUAGUAUAUAUAUUCAUUAUUCCUUUUAUGUUAAGAGAUUUUAAUUAAAUCUAAUUCUGUUGUCUGUUUAAAAAUCAAGUCUAUGUAAUGGAAAAAAAAAUGUAACGAAAGAACAGCUCGCCAGUGUUAGGAAUUUUGUCCCUCAUAAGCUAGCUAAUGAAGCCUCCCUUUAGCUCAGGUAGCUAAGAGCUGCUAACCGGUUACUGAUAGAAAACGAGCAUUAAGGAUAAAACUCUGAAAACUUGCACCAGCCGUUUUGGGCUCAGUGGUCUUUUCACAAUGGAUGUCAGCAUUGCCGUGUCACUGAUUCGAGGCCAGAUGGGCGCCGUGGUUGAGCGAGCAGUUAACGGAGCAGUGGAGACUGUGCUGGCUGAGAUGCUCAAAGUGGUCGGAGUCAAAUUUGAGGAACUGAAAGCUCAAGUGGCACUGAUGAAGAGGGACAUCACGGCACUACAGAGGGAAAAGGCCCUGAAAGAAAAGGAGAAUGACAACAUUAGAGCCAAGCUGCGCUACACCGAGCUGAAGUUGAAGUACUACAGGCAGGGAGUGGAAGAGGAGCUGCAGCAGAGAGCCUCCACCUCCACUCUGGUCCGCAUUGACCCAUACACUUUCCACCAAGCACAGAGAGGUAUUUCCUCCCCUGAGAACUCUCCAUCAUCUGAAGGAUCACUGAUGAGAAGCAGUCAAGAAUGCACCUCUCCACAGAGCACGAGCAAACGUGCACCCAUCAGAGUCCGCUGUGAUUCAGAUGAGGGAGUUGCCAGCUCCGAACCGUGUGACUUGCUGCUGCCUGUCUCAUUCUCUGUGAGCACUUCAGCACAGUCUGUUGACAGCAGUACAGUUUUGUACUGUCCCACAGAGGAAGACACAGCUCAAAGCAAGGAAAACGUCCAGGAGGACGACUGUGAGUGGACCAUCACUCUGCAGCCACAUACAGAAGGCGUGGAGGCUGUCGUGGCCCCUCCACCUGUCCAUGCCAUGACUGUGGAUGUGAGGCAGCAGCCAGUCGCUGGCUCAUUGUCUCUGGAUGGUUCCUCUGAGGACCGUAGUUCCACUCUGCCCUCAUCUGAUCCAAAGGUGAAGCAGGAGCCAGAGGAAGUUAUCUGCAUCAAGGAGGAACCAGAGGACGAGCAGGAGGUGAUGGCCACCCUGCUGCUGGACUGCCAGGGGCAGCAGGGACAGCUUCCAGACUUGGAGUCUCAAAGUUCAGUGACGGAGUAUUCAGGACCUCCAGCAAGCCAGAGAAAUCACACUACAGCCUUCAGCUCAGCCGGACCAAGCAGCUAUGUAAUGCCUCAGCCUGCAACCUCCCUGCUGUCAAUGGCGGCCUUGCCACCUGGCAUCCCACCUCGCCAAGCUGUGCGGCCCUGGACUAAAGACCUCAGCCUUUAUGAGGAAUAUAAACUGCGCAGGAACGAGCUCCGCCGGCGAAGCCUCAACAGACGCAGAGAGCUGGAGAAAACACUGCCCCAGCCUCUGCUAGCAGAUAUGGUGCGGGAACGUCGAGAGAAGACUAGACUGAGGGUGGCCAGAUGGAGGGCAAAAAGGAAACUCCAGGCCUGUCUUAACCAGGCUCAGGCUCUAGGUGGCGCUGCAGGUCUUCCUCAAACCGGCUUUCCUGUCAGCAGCCAACAUCAGCAGCCCAGACUACCUUGUGCUGCCACCCCCAGUAGUCAGCAGAGACAGAGCUCAGCGCGGCCUCAAUCCAACAACUUCCUCUGCAACAUGUCAGCCACAAACAGCAGCUCUGCCAUGCUCUCAUUCGCCCCUGCUACCUCCUCCUCCUCUCUGGUCCUGAGAGGCCCCAGCCUGCCUACACAUCAGCACACUGUGACAUCAUCAUCCUCUUCCUACCCCCAGGUCAACCUAUUGCAGCAGAGUAUCUCUCUGACAGAUGCAGAUAUCUUGCAGUGAGAUGUUUGAAAUGAGAGCAGUGCACACAGAGAUUAUGUGUUUGUUGAAUACAUCAGUGCUGGUGUUCAGCAGGUGUCAGAAGUUAUCCUCAGAAUAUCGUGCAUGCUUGAGCCAUCUUUGCGUUGUCAGCCAACAGAGCUUAGUUAAUCAAACACAUUGUCAUUGAACUUGCAACACAACACAAUAAAAGCAGAUCUGGCCAAAGCACGUUAUUCUGAAACACAUGUGCAGACAAAAUAAUUACAUCACCUAAUAUGGAUCACUUUGUUACAUCAGUAACACAUUUCAUCCAGGAUUAGUAGACCUGGACAGGCACUAGUUAGUCAGCCAUAAAACGUAAUGCAUUCAAAUGUUAAAAACACUAGAACAUUGUUCAGAAUCUUAUAAAAACUAAUUUACACACAAGAAUCCAAAAUUAAAUUCAGUUCUCAGAUUUCUGUAAGUGUGUAUAUAUAUAUAUAUAUAUAUGAAAAGUUCACUGUCCUGUACAUGUUUAUGUAUUUCAUUUGAUUGAAAUAUAGUGCCACAGAGAAUCGCACGUGACUGUCUUUGAAAUACUGGACAGAAGGGGUAUUGUUAUGCUUUACUACAUACAGUAGUUCAGCUGAAGCAGAUGGUCUAAGCUAAAUGAAGCUGAUGCAGAGUUGUUCACUUUUUUUUAACCCUGAUCAAUUCAAAAAAUAAAUGGGAUACUGACAAUUUCCAGAUCAAAAUGAGAUGCCUGAUACCUUGUGUACUCCCAAUAAAUGCAGCUAAAACAUGAA